UGUACUCGAUCGCCGACUUGGUAUCCAACUAUCCGCUCCUACCAAAAGGACAGCGUGCCAUCACUCACCUAUAGCUCCCAUCUCGGCCCCGUCGAUGCGUCGUCCCUCCCAUUUCUGGACAGAGAAUCGCCGCCGCCAUCUCCAUUAACAGUUAGCAAGGCAGCUUUGCAGUGCCAUGGAGCAGCAGGAGCUACACCUAUCCCUGGCCCUGGCGCCGGCGGCCGAACGCCGUGAAGAGGUCGACGAGGUGGCGGCGCCGAUGGCGUACGUCGGCGGGAAGAAGGUGCGUCUGUUCGCUUGCCUCUUCUGCGACAAGAAGUUCCUCAAGUCGCAGGCGCUCGGGGGCCACCAGAACGCGCACAAGAAGGACCGCGCCGCCGCCUGCUGGAACCCCCACGUCUACGCCGGCCACGACGACGCCGCUUUUCCAGGCGCGCUCGGCCUGUUGCCUGUCCCGAUCGCGUCGCACGGGCACGGCGUCAUAGACGUGAAGGUCGAGGCGGCGCCGGACGCCAGCACGCGGCUCUACGGUGACCAUGUGCUGCUCCCGGGGACGGGGGCAGCCGGGCCCUCCGCCCUGGCCGGCCGCGGUGGCACGGUGGAAGUUCUCAAUUGGAGGACGACCUCCCGAAUGUCUGCCCCGCCGGAGAUCGCCAAGACCGCCAUCGCGCCCUCCAAUUCCGGCGAGGAGCUUGACCUCGAGCUGCGACUCUAGAUCAUCCACGACUGCUUCCUCGGGGUCGAGGACAGAGAUAUUUUGACACGCACACGCAUCUGUUGCCGGCUAAUCUCAGCUGUUAAAUUAAAAUCAGUCUUGUUGCAUCUUGGCUACCUAUCACUCAUGUUGCGGUCUCUGUACCUUGCUUCAUUAUCAAUGGAUCGAUAUACGGGUCAUUCUUAUUUC